UUCUACAUUCACGUUGGUCAUAUCCCCAACGAGCAUGACUUAGCCAAAGACGAACAUUUGGACCCGGUGAAUGUUAAGAUAGCUGAGCUGCGAGAGGCUUUGGAGUCUGUUGUUGCUGAGCAAAAGUAUUUGAAAGCACGUGAUACUCGUCACCGUCAUACUAAUGAGAGCACGAGAAAGCGGGUGAUAUUCUACACAGUAGGAGAGUACAUAUUCCUAGCAGCAGCAAGUGGUCUUCAGGUUCUCUACAUCCGCAAGCUCUUCAGCAAGUCG